UCACUGUGUAACUUUGUGUUUAACAACAAACAAAUCAUGACAUAUCACUAGACUAAUAAGCUACGAGAGAGUAACAAUUUCAAUUUCAUUUCUUUAGAAUAAUUUUCUGGACGUCAUCCACUUCUGCCUAAUGGUAGACACUAAUCAAGCCUUGACUAGCAAUGGGAUGGAUGUUGCAAUUGAUAUGUUGAGGAAAUCAACUUCUUUGCCUCAAAAGAUUAAAGUCACUCGGGUCAUCAUGGAUCUUAGUGUCCCGAAAAAUGGAAAACAGCAAGCCUGUGAAAAAGGAGCUAUCCCAGUCCUAACUGAUCUACUGAAAGAAGAAAAUCAAGAUAUAAAGGCAAUGGCACUCGGAGCUUUAAUGCUGAUUACGGUGAUUGCUAAAGGUAAAAUCCUUGCUCUUGAGGCUGACAUUAUUUCUCGACUUCUCCCUCUUCUUCAUUUCCCCAGUCCUAAUGUCUGCAAGCACUGUUUGAAGGUUUUGACAAUGAUUGCCGAAACUCCAACGGGAAAAAACCUUUUAGGAGCAGAAGUAUACAAGAUUGAAGCCUUAAUGGACAAUUCUACAGAUGACAUAAAAGCUACUGCCAAAAAAACAAUAGAUGUAAUUACAUGGAAACCAUAAUUUGGAAUUUAACGGAUAAAAAAAAAAUGUAUAGGUGAUUACAUAGAAAUCUUUAAUUGAAGAUUUACUGAAAACCAACAACAACUGUAUAUGUGAUUAAAUUGAAGAUUUGUUGAAAGUAUAGAUAUGUAAAGAAACGU